AUGACGUAAUAAACAAACGUCCUUCAAGGUUCAGCCUUCUGUCAGGUUACCUAAAUAACCUAUACAAUUUAGUUUAUUUCGUUUGAAUAAUGAUUACACAAUGUUUUGCUUAGUGUAGUGUCGCCCUUUAUAUUUAUCUGCAUUAAAGUGUUUUCAAUGAUGUGGACAUAAAAGUUUAAUCUCACCAUAAUGUCCUACUUACAGCUGACAAAAUGUUCCUUAUGUUUAAAACAUGGAUUCUUAGAUAAGAAAGUGCUGCUUAAAUUUUGUUUAAACAGUCCAAUACAGCAUAUCUCCAGAAUAUCAACAUCAUGCUACCUCAAUAGUAAUCUGCCGCCACCCCUCACAACUCAGACGACUAUAAAGAAAACAAAAAAAAAUGUACCGCAAGAUACAAGAGUGUGGAGGGAAACACCAACUCAUGAUAUAAAAAAUAAUCUAGGCCAAUACUGCAUGAUGCUAUCUAAAUUCAGACUUACUUCACUGGUUGUUAUGACAUCGAUGGCCGGAUAUGCUUUAGCACCAGCUCCAUUUGACCUCACAACAUUUACACUGUGCGCACUUGGUACAGGACUAGUCAGCUCAGCGGCCAAUUCCAUUAAUCAAUAUCAUGAAGUACCAUUUGAUGCUCAGAUGUCUCGGACAAAGAACAGGGUGUUGGUGAAGGGAUUAUUAGAACCAGUACAUGCCAUAGGUUUUGCCGCUGCAACAAGCAUGACAGGCCUCGGUUUGCUAUACUUUGGUGUGAAUCCUCUGACCGCAGCUUUAGGAGCUGGUAACCUUGUACUGUAUACAUCAAUAUACACACCAUUAAAGAGAAUAUCAAUAUUAAAUACAUGGCUGGGAUCUGUUGUUGGUGCUAUUCCUCCCAUGAUGGGGUGGGCGGGAUGUAGCGGUCAUUUGGACGCGGGUGCUUUAGUUCUAGCUGUGUUGCUAUACUCAUGGCAGUUCCCACACUUCAAUGCGUUAUCUUGGAACCUAAGGCCAGACUACUCGCGAGCGGGUUACAGGAUGAUGGCGGUAACUGAUCCCGCUCUCUGCAGACGGGUGGCCUUACGACACACUGGCGUCAUCACUGCCACUUGUCUGGCUUCUUCCUAUUUCGAAGUUACCAAUAUGUGGUUUGCACUCGAGUCAAUACCACUCAAUAUUUAUUUUAUGUACUUAGCUUGGAAUUUUUACAAGAACUCGGACAGCGGCAGUUCAAGGAAGUUAUUCAGAUUUUCAUUGAUACAUCUUCCGGCACUGAUGUUACUCAUGCUAGUGAAUAAGAAAUAUUGGAGUUCAAGUGAACCACAGGAGAACAGCGAAAUUAUUAGGACACAUGAUGUCAAUAAGCUACCGGAGACAAAAAGAAUAACAGUAUUGCCGAGGGGACCUUAUGUUUCAGCACAGGAUUCUGAUAUAGAACAGAGUGCUAAUCAGUAGUGUCUACAUCACGUAGCGUUAUAAUAGUUAAUUUAUCUGUAAAUAAUGUACAACAAUUUGUGAUGUUAUUUAUAGACUUUUUUUGUAAGAUAAAUCAAUCCUUUGCGAGUUUUGUUAUAAUUUAUUCUGUUGAAUCAGUUUGUGAUUUACUUAACAAAAUGAUAAAUGAAAUAGACAGAUAAUAAAUCCUUAUAUUUAUUUUGUU